AAAUACCAUAACUUCAUCUGAUGAACUCAACUAAGUCAAUUUCAACAAGAUCAUUAAAGGAAAUUAUUUGGUGAUUCUGACGAACAUUCUAUCAGGAGUGGCUGUUUUAGGCUAAACUAAUUAUUAUUGCAUGAGUAAUUUUACUCUCUGAUUGAACGCACCGUUUUUCCCCUUCUCUACUUUCAUCAACUGAAAACUUUACUCUUUUUUUUAUUUUAUUUUCAUUUUGCUACCGUAGUUACUGAAAAGAAAAAAAGGAGUUCUUAAAUCUAGGUGCAGCUUUUAUAGGCAGUUUGAUUUCAAAAAGUUCAACAUAGUGAUUACGCAUUAGAUGUGUUUGAUAGUGACCGAAAUGUCGACUUCAGCUAUGUCUGUUACCCCAGUACAAGUUAUAAAUAAACUAUGGUUCAAAUGGUAUAUUUGUCUUAAAAAUUCAAUUACUCCAAACGGUCACAAUUCAUACCCAUGAACUUCAAAUCCGACAUCUACAUAUAAAACAUCCUAUUUAGGACACCACUUCACCUUCAUUGAACACGGUAAAAAUUUACUCACUCUUUUUUACCUUGGUAGUUCUGGUGCAGAAAUGCCGCUACUAAUUUCCCUUUCUUAAUCUUAGAUUAUCAUCACAUGGUAAUCUCAAGCUCUCUCAGGGGACUCUCCAACUUGACAUAUACUUCCAAUUUUGCUUUCCACAAAAAAGGUGUCUUUUUCAUAGCUUCACUAUGUCCAAACAAAGUUUUCCAGAUUGCUCAUCUUCACUUGUCUCCAGAAAUCCAUUUACCCCUUCACAGUCUCAUAGAAAGAAGCAAAUCCAUGGACCAAAUUAAGCAGAUUCACUCAGUAAUAAUCCAAAAAGGCCUUACUUUUGAUCCCAUGCUUUGCUCCAAAAUUAUAGCUUUUUGUUCCACUAAUGAAUUAGGUGAUAUGAAAUAUGCUCGUUAUGUGUUUGACAUAAUGCAUGAACCAGGAGUAUUUGUUUGGAAUACAAUGAUCAAAGGCUAUUCAAGGGAAAGUAGUCCCCAAAAUGCAGUGUCAAUUUACAGAGAGAUGUUAAAUAACAAUGUGCAACCGGAUAAUUAUACGUUCCCCUUCUUGCUCAAGGGUUUUACUCGUGAAGAAGUAUCGCUGAAGCUUGGGAAAAGUUUGCAUGCUCAUAUAUGUAAAUUCGGGUUUGAGUUAAAUGAGUUUGUUCAACAUGCUUUGAUUCAUAUGUACCGUUGGUGUGGGCUAGUUGAUAUGGCUCGUGGGGUAUUUAAUUUGAGUGCUAAAAGUGAUAUACUUAUUUGGAAUGCUAUGAUUUCUGGAUACAACAGGUCCAAGCGAUUCGGAGAGUCGAGAGAACUUUUUUAUGAAAUGGAGGAGAAGCAAUUGCAGCCUACUUCGGUGACUCUUGUCUCGGUUAUAUCAGCUCUCUCGCAGCUUAAGGAUUUGGAGACUGGCAACCGAGUUCAUCAGUAUGUUAAGGAAUUUAAGGUACAGUCUAAUUUGGUAUUGGACAAUGCUUUAAUUGACCUGUAUGCGGGUUCUGGAAAGAUGGAUGUUGCACUUGGCCUAUUUCAGAGCAUGAAGCAUAAAGAUGUUAUAUCAUGGACCACCAUUGUCAAAGGUUUCGUUAGCAUUGGACAAGUUGAUGUGGCUCGGAAAUAUUUUAAUCAAAUGCCAGAGAGGGAUUCCAUUUCUUGGACAGCAAUGAUUGAUGGAUAUGUCAAAGAAAACCGAUUUAAAGAUGUUUUAAUGCUCUUUCGCGAAAUGCAAGCAGCAAAAAAACGACCAGAUGAGUUCACUAUGGUUAGCAUCCUUACCACCUGUGCACAUCUCGGGGCUCUUGAACUUGGAGAGUGGAUCAAAGCUUACAUUGACAAGCACAAGAUUAAGGUUGAUAUACAUCUGGGUAAUGCUGUCAUAGACAUGUAUUUUAAGUGUGGGAAUGUGGAAAAGGCAUUGAUGAUGUUUUCUCAAAUGCCUUGUAGGGACAAAUUCACGUGGACGGCCAUGAUUAUUGGUCUUGCAACUAAUGGGCAUGAGAGAGAAGCUCUUGAUAUGUUUUUUGAGAUGUUGAGAGCUUCAGAAACACCUGAUGACGUGACUUAUAUUGGUGUUCUUAGUGCUUGUACUCAUAUGGGUAUGGUAGAUGGAGGUAAAAGAUUUUUCGCUAGUAUGACUUCCGAACACGGGAUUCGACCUAAUGUUAUACAUUAUGGCUGUAUGGUUGAUCUACUUGGUCGAUCAGGGCGCUUGGAGGAAGCUUAUGAGGUUGUAAAGAAUAUGCCGAUGAAGCCAAAUUCAAUUGUUUGGGGAGCUCUUCUUGGUGCUUGCAGAAUUCACAAGGAUGUUCAAAUGGCUGAAAUUGCAGCUCAACAACUUCUUCAGCUAGAGCCUGGAAAUGGGGCUGUCUAUGUUCUCUUGUGUAAUAUAUAUGCAGCUUGCAAAAAAUGGGAAAACUUGCGGGAAACAAGAAGAAUAAUGACGGAUCAUGGAAUCAAGAAGACGCCAGGUUGUAGUCUGAUAGAGAUGCAUGGAAUUGUUCAUGAAUUUGUUGCAGGGGAUCAGUCUCAUCCUCUAUCUGAAAGCAUAUAUUCGAAGUUGGCUGAGUUGAUUGAAGAAUUAAAGUUUGCAGGCUAUAUUCCUGAUACUUCAGAGGUUGCUCUUGACAUAGGAGAAGAGGAGAAAGAGAACUCCCUUAAUCGACACAGUGAGAAGUUGGCGAUUGCAUUUGCUCUAAUCAAUUCUGAACCUGGAUCCACUAUUAGAAUAGUGAAAAACCUUAGAAUAUGUGCAGAUUGCCACCAUGUAGCAAAAUUAAUAUCGAGACUUUACAAUAGAAAACUAAUUAUUAGAGACAGGAUCCGGUUCCACCAUUUUUUACAAGGUUCAUGUUCUUGUAAAGAUUAUUGGUGAUCUUUACACACAAGGAUAUUGUUGCAGGAGCCUAAAUUACUUUAACCAUUAUAUUUAUUUUGUAAUUAUUAAUCCAUGAAACAAUUAUUGGGCAAGUAAGAGGUUUGAUAGGGUACAUUUUUUCCACAAGGCUUCAUACGUCACUAUUAUUCGUAAUUCCAUUUCAUAGGAUUAAUAGUAGUUUUGGUUCCUCAAUUAUUGGUAAAUUUCAAUUUCGGUCCUUGUGAUAUCUGACUAAGAACAUUUUAACCUCUAAUUAAUUGAAGUGUGCAGUUUUGAUUACUCUGUCCGUGAAUAUUCACAAAUUUACCAUCAUUAUUAAUUGUUCCUCCGCUUAACUACCUAUAUGGUUGCUAAGCAGCUGUUAUUCGUUAUGUCAGACUAAGGAAGAACUAUUGUGAGUUCUAGGACUUCAGGAGGAGAAAGGAAGUUCACUUGAAUUUCUCAGAAGAGGCUACAAGCAGACUGCAACUUGGUGGGAAGAAGAUGUUGAUUUAGAAGCAUCCUCUGCAUGGCGUAAUUGAACAGCAGAACUGAGUUGCACAAAAAGUUGCUUAUAGAAAGAAGAGGACGGCGAUGGAAGCUUACAAAUCAAUACCCGCAUGGUGGAGAAAUUAGAUGUUUAGAGUUUACUGGAGAGCUGGAAUGGGCAGAAGAUAGCAAAACCUCAGAAGCAGAUGUGGAGGACCGUCCCUUUGUGCAUCUUCUGGACUAUUUGGAAAAGAAAGGAAUAGUGUUGUUCUGAUGAUAGAAUGAAUCACAUCUCUAAAGUCAUGAAUCUUUUUCUUCACAAUCUGUUCUUUUGUGUAAGAAAAGCUUAGUAGAGAAUACGGAUUUUUUGGACUCACUUAGGAAUAUACAUCUGGAGUCUAUUGUAGGGGCUGUCUGAUUUUGUUGUACUUUUUACAUACCUUCUUGUAACCUUUACUAAUAAUAUUUUUACCUUACCAAAAAAAUGGACUAAAAAGGAGUCAAAAUUUCCCGAAAUGACAUUGAUCGUGUAGCAGCUCAUCCGCAGUACAGCUGAAGCUUAUGAGAAACUAGAAUAUCUACAUUCAAUGAAAGUGAUGAAGGAGAAUGGGAGACUGCACCUGGAAGAGGAGAUUUGUUCACAAUUAUAUGCGGUGGAAAAUGAACUUGAUCACCAAAUUUGGGUUUCAAGCACUUGGAAAUCAAGGAUAAUGAUCUCAGAAGUCCUUUUUGGGACAGAGAGGCGUUACGGGUUCCCGCGACAAGAGAUAUUAAGCAAUGGCAGAGCUAGGAUUUUUGCUGGAGAUUCAAAAUAGAAAUAGUACUAUAGACUUCGUAGAAAGACACGAAGGAGAUGAGACUGAACAGAGAAGAAAUAUCUAAUACGGAUCGGGAAAGAACUGCUUGAAUUAAAGGCAUACCUUACAAACUUUUCUUUCUGUCCUCCAAUAAGCUGCGAUUUGUAAUUACCAAACAUUGUGUUAAAUCGCUGGAGGAUUUCAUCAAAACAUCAGGCAUUGAUAUGGCCACAUCAAAUACGUAUGUUCUAACUGCA